AUGAGUGUCUCCACAGUGCCACCAAGCAAAUAUCCCCUCACACACUUCUUAUGUUAUAAUGCACUUUCAGCAUCACAUAGAACCUUCUCCCUGGCCAUCUCUACUGACAAAGAAUCAAGAUUUUAUGAGGAUGCCGUAGCUCAUGCUACUUGGAGGAAUGCCAUCAAAGAUGAACUUGAUGCACUACAGCAACUACAGACUUGGGAAAUCCAAGCUCUUCCUCCUGGGAAGAAACCCAUAGGCUGCAAAUGGGUGUUUAAGCUCAAACACAAUCUCGAUGGGAGCAUUGAAAGACGUAAGACGCAACUAGUCGCGAAAGGCUUCACCCAAGUACCCAGCAUCGACUACCUCAAUACAUUUAGUCCCGUUUUAAAGCUCAACACACUUCACGUUGUGCUUGCAUUGACUGCUUCCAAAGGUUGGUUUCUUAAGUAG